AUGCGGCACAGUCCCUGGUCACAUGUCUGCGUGAAGGGCUGGUCGGCCACCGUGUGGAACGGCCUCCCCGACCCGCUGCUGGCCGCCGGGUCCUCCGGGUGCUGCACCCCCGAGCCGUGGCUCCUCCCCGGUUGCAGCUCCGUCUACGACAGCCUGGUCAGUAACGUCUCUCCGAUCCCGUCUCCUCCUCCUGCGAGCGGCAUGCGAGGACGAGACCGAGCGGCCAGCAACAAACCUCGCAGGCCGUCCAUCCUGGAGCGCUGUAUCCUCAAAGUGUCCACCAGCAGUGUGGCUGUGGGGACGGACGAUCUGGACAACAAGAGGUCCCCCCUCGGUCGCUGCUACCCCCGCCUCCCUGAUCCCGCCAACACGGAGACCAACGCCGCGGUUCUGAAGCGACGGCAGAAACAGAUUCAGUACGGGAAGAACACCAGUGGCUACCAGAACUACCUGCAGCAGGUGCCCAGACACCUGAGGGACCCUAAGCUCCACCCGUCCACCCCCAACAAGUACAGGAAGUACAGCCGGCGCUCCUGGGACAUGCAGGUGCGUCUGUGGAGGCGGGCGCUGCACCUGUGGGACCCUCCGACCAACAACCAGCCGGACGCCGACACUCGGGACCCGGUGGAGCAGCUGCAGAGCCAGCUGGAGAAGAUGACCUCUGACCUGUGUGAGGACAGAGGAGACAAGCAGAGAGAGAAGGAGACUCCAGCAGCCUCUGAUGCCUCCUCUGUUUCUCCUCUGUCUCUGGAGCUGCCUGGACCCUGGACUGUCCCCUUCUCCCCGGACUGUGAGUCGAGCCGUCGUCCUCUCCGCUCUCCUCCCGGCCUGAGCUACUCCCUCAGGAGUCAGCUGACCCCCGACGACAACAUGACGGACUGGCUCCGCCUCCUGCUGGAGGCCGACCACACCCAAGAUCUGGGCUCUGAUGACCAGCAGGUCCCCGUGUUCUCCGACCAGCUCUUGUGGAAUCCGUACUGA